AUGUUUUCAGGUGCAUUGAAACCGGAAUCGAAAGGAGUAUGCAUAUCUAAAGGAGGCCGGUUUGCGCCAUAUGAAUCAGAAGGAAAGCCUCCUAAAUCUGUUAGCAGAGGAUCCAAGGAUCUUACUCUGUGCAGAGUGUUCCGCAAAAGGACUUGUUGUUCUCCUGCUCAGACAAACCCUGCUUUCGUUGCUGUCAGAAACUUGGCUACUUAUGGAGAAGCUAGUGAAGACUGUCUGCAUUUGUUCGAGUUAUUGGAGUGUUCCAUCUGUAACCCGAAUGUUGGAAUCCAACCGGGUCCUCCUCGCAUUUGCGCCUCGUUUUGUGACAGAGUCUUUGAUGCUUGCAAAGACGCAUACUUCGCCAGUAAUCCACUUACACAGGUGAUUGGUCCUUGUGGAGUAAACAACGAUAUCAUCUGCGUAAAGGCCUCAAAUUGGGAGUCCAAUGGCACAGCGUUCUGUGAAGCAGCUGGUUUUGCUGUUCAAGCAAAUGAGGAUUCCAGAGAAAAGCCGUGUUACGGAAGUAAAGCAAGCCUAGAAUCAGUGGUGGAAUCAUGGUCAAGAGACUCCCGGAAGAAGACGCCUUUAAAGACUGAGACUUUGUCAUAUUUUAAAGACCUUCUGCAAUGGGUUCGCGGCAUGAAAACGAGUCAGAAGAUUUCUUUGGGAGUGUCGUUUCUUGUGGCGGGAAUGUUCUUGAUCAGGCAAUGGAGUGACCGUAAUCAGAAGCAGCGGCUAGCUGCGAUCCAGAGGACCGCUCAUAGAUUGGGAGGGAACGCGAAUGGGAAUUCAUACAGUGCAGCUAUAAAUAGAAGAAUAGUUCAAAGUUGA